AAUAUUUACAUAUGUACGAUAAUUUUACCAGAAGUACAAUAAUUUCAACCUGUGUAGUACGAUAAUAUGGCCAAAACAAUCUGGCAACGCUGGACUGAGGAAGAGAAACGUAAACAAAGCAGGAGUUGUUAUUUGUAUUAGUAGUAGUACAAAUCUAUUAGUGUUAUUACGAGUGCCACAUGGAGUUUACAGGUAAGAUAAGGUGUCUGUAGUGAAAUAAUGGCCAUAAUUGCUCUGAAAUAUGGAAAAAAUAAGAGUGGAUUUCUAAUAUGACCGUUCCUUUGAAGUCGUUUUUCCUCCCUUUCAUCAACAUUUUUCGCCGUUUCCACUUUUCCAUCGCCACUUUCUCACCUAUAUCUACAUUUAAGCUCUUACUUUCCUCUUUUUUUCUCCAUUUUUGUUUCCCUCCUCUUCCUUCACUAUUUUAUCAUCCUCUUUCUCCCACUACUGUUAUUGUUUUGUCUCCAUAUAUAGCCUUCUUUAGCCUUCCCAGUGGUCCCUAACCUAAUCUGACCUAACCUAAUGUAACCAUAUCUGGCCUGUUCGUGUCACGCCCUCAUCAGUACACGGUCUCCAGGCUUUUUUGGUCUUGUUGGUAAUUUAAUAUGGAUUCUUGUCUCCCAGGGCGUCUUUGGUCUUAUAUGGUCGUCUAAUCUCCCUCCUCCUCCUCCUCCUCCUCCUCCUCCUCCUCCUCCUCCUCCUCCUCCUCCUCCUCCUCCUCCUCCUCCUUGGCAUUAUAACUCAUCUCACUCAUCUCUUGUAAGUAGAAUGAGGUAUUGUGAUGAGUGCCGCAAUGGAGCCGCCCCUCUGCCUCAACCACCCCUCCAGUGUCAGCGUCAGCCCCGUGCCUCCCUCCUCCAGGACAGAGUCAACAGAUGAGGACACAAUAGCAAGACUCCUGGUUGCCGUGCCCCAGCUUGACUCUCUCUUCAAUGUGAGUCACUGCAUUGGCCACGGGACCUUCAGCUCUGUGUUCUUGGCUCGGAUCAAGCACACCACCACAAUCAAUGGCCGGAGACACUUUGCCAUCAAGCACAUCAUCCCCACGUCACAUCCGAUGCGUGUCUGCAUGGAGCUUCGGUGCCUCAAGAUGAUUGGAGGCCAAGACAACGUUAUGGGCAUCACAAUGUGCUUCCGUCAAAUGAACCAUGUGGUGCUGGUCAUGCCUCACUUCCCUCAUAACCCCUUCUCAGAGUACGUGGGUUCGAUGGGCACCCAGGAGCUGCGGGAGUACCUGAUUAAUCUGCUGUGUGCCCUGAGGCGAGUGCACAGCUUCAGGGUCAUUCACAGGGACGUCAAACCUGCCAACUUCCUCUAUAACAGACGUCACCGCAGGUAUUCACUAGUGGACUUUGGUUUAGCCCAGGAGAUGCCCCAGGGGGUGAGGAGUGGCGGGGCUGUGAGUCAGAGUGUGGGUCAGGGUGGCAGCUUGAAGACCUCCCCCACCAUACUGGACACGCCCCUCACCACCUCCUCCUCCAAGACUGUGAAGAGGAAGCUUACUGUGUACUCUGCGGACGAGGGGGGUGAGGGGAGGGAGGAGCAGCAGGACAAGAGACAAUGUGUGGCCGCCUUCCCCUCCCCCAAGGUUGCCGGUAUUCUCUCCAGCACCACCAGUCGGCUUAACACCGCUCUCCGUCGGUCUCCCAGGAAGAAGUGCGUCUCCCACACGUCGCCAAGGAAGGAAAACUUUGAGACGCCCACCAGAGACUUCCCGGUGACCCCUAAGAAGGCUGCAGUGCAUGACCCGGAGGAUUCCCCCAGCAAACACAAGAGCUGCCCCACAGUGGAGGCGUGCCGCAGACCAGACUCAGUGGUGGCUGUGGGAGCCACCCAGAGGAGCCUGACUGGGGCCCUGCAGCUGCGACUUGAUGUCAGCAACGGGCUGCGGAGGUCGCCGAGGAAGCUGGCGUCCUCCCUGAGUCGCCGCGCUGCCACACCUCUGGAAGGCCUGGCCAAGCACCUCCACGAUGCUUCAGCCCUACAGCGGAAGGCAGAGACCAGUGGUGCAGCAGCUGGCCACACUCCCACUACCACCCCCGCCACACCCAAGGUGUCCGGCCUCUCCACCCCAGACGUACAGGGGACCAAGGCUGCCAAGAGUGGGCGAGUGUUGAUAGAGGUACAUAGCAGCUCAGGAAACGUGCUGAGACCUGUUUCCUGCCACUGCUACGGGAGUGCCAAGGUGUGCAGUGUGUGUCUGUCAAGGAGCAACCAGGUGGCACCCAGAGCCGGCACUCCCGGAUUCAGGGCGCCAGAGGUUCUGCUGAGGCACCCCAACCAGGACACAGGAGUGGACAUGUGGUCAGUAGGAGUGGUGCUGCUGAGUCUGCUGAGUGGCCGUUACCCGUUCUUCCGCGCUGCUGACGACCUCUCCAAUCUGGCAGAGAUUACGACUCUCCUAGGCACAGCUGCGGUGAGGAGAGCUGCUGCCAAGAUGGGGAAGCUGAUUAAGUGCAGUGAGGAGCGCCACCCGCUGGACCUCACAAAAGUGUGCCAGAUCCUCCACAGCAGCAGAGGGGUGUCACCACAAGGGGAGCAGUGCCCAGGGUGUCGGCAGCGAGGAGUGUGUGUCUGCCUGGCACCCCUGACCUCCGACUCUGCAAGGCCACAGAAGAAGAGGUCACACUCACAGAAGUCACUUGCCACGACCUCACCAGCUGCUGUACCUGCUAGCGAGAUUUCUGAAGGUGCCAAAACUGUUACUCCAUUGAGCGCUAAUCCCGAAGGUGCUGCUGAGGGUGAUAUGUCCAGUUACACCUCCUCUUCCUCUUCCUCUUCCUCCUCAUCUUCCCCAGCCACAGCAUAUCCUCCCGAGGCAUAUCACUUACUCUCGAGACUCUUAGACCCCUCACCAGAGACUCGGAUCACUGCUGCUGAGGCCCUUACUCACCCAUUCCUGAACCCCUGACACACACACACACACACACACACACACAGAGAGAGAGAGAGAGAGAGAGAGAGAGAGAGAAGGGGAGGGUAUGAUAGUUCAGGAGAUAGAAUGUGUAUAUGAUGGAAAAGACAGUGAUAGGGUAUGAUAGGAAAAAUACUGAGAGAGGAAUAGGAUGUGGUUGGAGACACAGAGAGAAAGUGUGUAUGAUAGAAGUCACAAGAGAGAGAGAGAGAGAGAGAGAGAGAGAGAGAUUGAGUGUGUAUGAUAGAAGUCACAAGAGAGAGAGAAAGAGAGAUUGAGUGUGAAAUAGAAAAAGGCAUAGAGAGAAAGAGAUUAUCAUUAACAUGGAGACUGGAUGUGUGAGAUAGAAGACACAGAAAAAGAGAACUUGUGACAGAGAGAGAGAGAGAGAGAGAGAGAGAGUGUUUGUGUUUGUGUUUGAGAUAGUGAAAUAGAAAAAGAAACAGAGAGAAAGAGAGAAACACCAAGAGAUAGAGUGAGAGGUAAGAGAGAAAACAAGUAAUUGAUUAGUUUAUAUACUGUUUUAUAGUGAGAUAGAGCCAAAAUAUAAGAAAACAAAGGUAUUUUUUAUUUCAAAGUUGAGAUAUAAAAAGUGAGGAUUUCAUUAACGUGCUACUAGAGAGAGAGAGAAUCACAAACAUUCAUCCCUUUACCACUUAAAACUCAAAAGUGCCUAACAAAGAGAUUAUUAAUAUAUUUUCUUACACACACACACACACACACACACACACACACACACACACACACACACACACACACACACACACACACACACACACACACACACACACACACACACACACACACACACACA